GUUCCCGGAUGUUGUGAAUAAAUAGCCUACGUUGUGGAAUACGUCCCUUUGGAACCUUCGUACGCGUGACAACAACCAGAAGCGAGUUGACAACAAUCUGGUGGUGAUUCCACAUCCGAACAGAUCCUUUAUGGAGACGUAAUUAGGUACUUUUAAGACUGGCGAGAGGAGUAGUGUAGUGGAACUGCGCAAGUCACUCAAAACCGCAACAACACCGCAAGAUGGCAGCAGUGUAACGUCAUGAAUUCCACCGAAGAAGAAAAAGGCGGAAGUUAGCAUCGCUUUACGACAGAUGAAACACAAAGGACGACGACGAACAAGCGUAAUUUAGAUAAAAACAUUCAAAGUGUUGAACGAGUUGGUGAAGGGGCGACUAAUGGCGGCAGCUGAGGGAAUAUACGGGCUGUUAGAAAGAUCGAUAGCGUCGUGCGAGGAGGAACUUUCUCAAAUAAGAGAGGACAACGAGCGACAACUGGAUGCUGUUAGCAAGACUCAAAUUGAGCAACACAUUGAAGACGUCUGUGAAGAACAUCAUCCCCCUGAGCAGCAGGAGUGGAGAUGCAGGGUGGAACAGGAAGAGCCACAGCCCCUCCACAUUAAAGAGGAAGAGAAAGAGGCACAGCACACCCACAUUAAACGGGAAGAGGAGGAGCAACCGCAUGGCAACAUUAAGGAGGAAGAGGAGGAACACACUAUCAGUCAGGAGGGAGAGUAUUUUGAUGGACUGGAGGAGCUCUCAGUGAUUAGUGUCUUCGUGAAGAGUGAAGAUGAAGAAGACAAAGGUCAAAGUGAGGAGGAGAGAGAGGUGGAGCCUCCAAGCAGCAGCUCACUACAACACAUAACAGAAGCCGGUGGAGACCACUGCGAAGGAUCACAAGUAGACAGCCUCUUAGCUCCACUAUCAGAUAGUGCCGACACGACGUCACACUCUCCUGACACUGAUGAUGAAGACUCUAAAGCUGAUAAGACGUGUCGUGCUGUCAGCACACGCUGGAAAUGUUCUGCGUGUGACAAAACUUUUGCCAACAAGGGGAAUCUGGAAAGACACCUGAGAAAUCACACAGGAGAGAAACCUUUUAUGUGCUCAGUUUGUGGUAAACGAUUCUUUCAGAAGGCACAAUUAACAGAACACACAAGAAAACACACCGGAGAGAAACCUUUUUCCUGUUCGGUGUGCGGUAUGGGUUUUACACGAAAGUUUGAGAUGCGAAUGCACACAAGAAUACACACCGGAGAGAAACCGUUUUCCUGUUCAGUGUGCGGCAUCGGUUUUAUACGCAAUCAAUAUUUGAAAGUCCACAUGAGAAUACACACAGGAGAAAGUCCAUUCACGUGCUUGCUCUGUGGAAAAAGAUUUUCUCAGAAGGUGCAUUUGACAACACAUACAAGAAUGCACACUCAAGAGAAGCCUUUUUCCUGUUCCAUAUGCGGGAAAGGUUUUGUAUCAAAUCCAUAUUUGACGAGACACAUGAGAAGGCACACUGGAGAAAAACCAUAUGCCUGUUCAGUUUGCAACAAAAGCUUUUGUGAGCGAACAGCACUUGCAAGACAUGUGAGAACGCACACCGGAGAGAAACCUUUUAACUGUUCAGUGUGUGGUAAAGGUUUUGUGCAAAGUCAUGAUUUCAAAGUACACAUGAGAAGGCACACUGGGGAAAAACCAUAUGCCUGUUCCAUCUGCGGCAAAAGCUUCUGCGAGCGAAAAGCACUCGUAAGACACAUGAGAACACACACCGGUGAGAAAACUUUUUUUUGUUCAGUGUGUGGCAAAGGUUUUGUACGAAUUGAAUUUUUGAAGGCGCACAUGAAAAUACACAGUGGUGACAAAGUGUUGAGUUGCGGUGUGUGUGAUGAAAGAUUCUCUCAUAAGUACCAGGUUAACAAUCACAAGUGUGCUGGUGAGGACAGCAGCAUGAAAUGAAGCUGCUGGAUUUGAAGGAAACAGUCAAGACUUGGAUAACGUUGACUUCCUGACAUCACCACAUAUAACGUGUGACAUUGUUGUGUUUGUAAAAAUGUAUUUUAUGUACUGCUUGGUAAGCAUUGGGAAGACAGUAGAUGGUCAUCUUAGGUGUACCACCGUUGGAAAGAGCAUGACGGGUGUUUUGGCUGCGCCCAUUGCUACAUGUGUCGUUUCCUUAAUCUUUGAGAGUUAUAUUUUCAUGCAAAAGGAGGACAAAGUUGAUGUAGGACUACAUACAUUAACCUGCUAUUAUAUGCAUUCUGUUCAAUAAAGAAACUUAAAUUGACUCAAACUGUCUACGCACCAAGCAUAACUUGAUUUUAUACUCGGCCCAGAGGUAGCAAAUAAUCCAGGCUGCGCCUAGCCAUGCCCUGCUCGCUCACUUACUAAAAUGGCCGACAUUCUGCCAUUGGGUACCAUGAUCUAUUAUUGCAUACACUUUUGACUGAGUAGGCGGUCUUUCACAGCACACUUUAACGUCUUUGCCUCGGAUAUGGCUUCCUCAAAAUGGCCGUGUGCCAGGUAAACCUUGCUAAUUUCCAUUUUUAAGGCAUUUAACAAUUGUAACGCUUUAAUUCUUGGUUAGCAUACGCCCCGGUUAGCGUGUUUUUUGGCUUAUGUCGAAAAUUUACGGUAACGUUUCACCACGGUUUGUGUACAAUUACCAGUUAAUGUACAAUAUGGUGUGCGUCUUGUUGGGUUAUUAAAUACACCGCCUCCAUGGCUCCUCUGCUUCCUCUUUAAUGUGAAGGUGUCGUGACUCCUUCUGUCCCUCUUUAAAAUGGGGAGAAAAAAAGAAAAAAGUAGUUUUUGACUGACAGUGUUAAAAGAAUUUUAUUUUUUGUUUUCUCCUGUGUGUUCUGUUAAAAGUGUGUAAACAACAAUAAAACCAGAAAAAAGUGUUGCCAA